AUAUAAUUGUAAGAAAUAAUCUUAAACAUGUUGUCGCCCUACUAUUUGGCAUUAUUGAUCACGUCACAUCCAUAGAAGACCGAAGUACCAUUGGAGUCACAGAUACUGCAGCAUAUUGGAAUAAACCAAGAAAAGUAUGCAGGCCAGUAGCUGUUCGUGACUUAGAUAUCAGGAUUGACACGAAUGUACCAGAUAGACCACGGCCGUCGGAAGAUUCUGGAUAUUUGCCACUUAAGUCAUCAGCAUUGGAUUUAAAGUCUUUGGAGAAGAAUAUUGUUCAAGUUCUCAAAAAGAGCAAUACACCAGCAGUGGCCUUGUAUACAUUGUCAGAUUCUGAUGAUGACAAUGAUGUGUCUAUGGGUAUUGAGGACACACCUAAAAAUAUUAUUGAUUUAAUGUCGAUGCAUGGUCAAGAAAAUUUGAAAGUAGAUGAUUCUUAUGUUAAAAAAGUAAAUGAAUUCACUAAAGGGCAAUCCAUCAACCUUAUGUGGCAGUGCCAGAGUAAAGGUAGACUGACUGCUUCAAACUUCUUCAAUGCCUAUCACUACAGAGGUGAUAAAACAGACAACUACAUUGUAAGAAGUAUUAUGGGUCAGUAUCAUUUCACCUCAAAAUCAGUCGAAUACGGAAAACGAAAUGAAUCUGUCGCUCGAGAGAGAUAUGCUGAUCACAUGACAAGUUGUCACCCUUCAUUCAAGUGUGCAGAGACUGGAAUCUAUGUUUACAAAGAUUUCCCUUUCUUCGCUGCAUCCCCUGAUGGCAUUUCUGAAUGCAAGUGUUGUGGAAAAGGACUUGUUGAAAUUAAAUGUCCUUACAGUUCAAGAAAUGAAACAUCUCAGGUUGCUAUGUCAAAAAAUUCAUCAUGUGCAAUUGUCAAUGGAAAUUAUGAAUUGAAAAAGAGUCUGUCCUCCCCAUUUUAUGUCCAAAUGCUUGGUCAAAAUGGCAGUAUGCAAGUUUUCACAUUGUGAUUUUGUUUUAUUUACUCAAAAAGAUAUCUAUGCAGAGAGAAUUCAUUUCUCAAAAGCAGAUUGGGAAUUGUUAUCUGAAAAGCUUAAAAGUUUUUAUAUGCAGUACGUUUUGCCAAACUUGGUUUGAGUAUAUCAUGUACAUAGAAUGUAUCUUCAUCACAUAUACCUUAGUCAGGUACCUUGAAUAUUGUAGAUGUAAUACUUUGCAGAAUUGAAGGUGAUGUACAUGUAUGUCACUUCAACUCAUUUUCAAUAUUUUUUGUUCUGUCAUAAGAAACUUUAUCAAGUUCUUUGAAUUUAUUCAUACACUCCAUUUUACUUCAUUAUUUUUAUAACAUGUUCCAAACAAUAUUUCAAUUUUUAAAACCACUCUACAGACUUUGACUGACUUCAUUUUUGUACUCAAUGACAGUAUAAGUACAAAGCUGGAUUGAUUCAGAUGUAUGAAACUAGCAAGUUAUCUACUAGCAUAAAUUUUAUGCUGCAUAAAAAUGAAUACUACUUUUAUAAUAAAAAUGAACAUAAUUUGCCAUGAUACUAGUAAACAAUUUCCCUCAUUUAAAUUUCUUUGACAAAGGUGGCAUUAA